AUGCAGCGCGAGGGCCAACGCAGCGGGCCCAGGCGCAGCCCAGCCUCACUAGGCGGGCGGCAGGUGUCUGCGCCUGAGGCGGCACAGGUUCACAGGGUACGGGGAGGGCGGCUCAAGCUGCUCACACUCAGAGCCUCCCGGCCGCCGCUCCAGCCGCGCGCCCACGGGGAGCUGGCCGAGGCGCCGACCGCCCGGCCGGCGAGCGCAGGGAUCCUCCCCAGCCCUCCUCCCCUCUGCCCCACCCGGCCGUCAGCUUUCUCCGGCCCCUUCCCUCCCCCGUCUGCCUCCCCUCCUGCCCUCUUCCUCCGGCUCCCCACCCCGCCGGCCCCGCCAACUCCUCCCGCCCCCUCCCUUCCUCCCCUCGCGGAUCCUCUCCGCCUUCCCUGCCCUCCCCCCUCCUCCUGCUGCUCUCCCACGGUGCGGGCUGGUGCUCCACCACCGCCCCCGCCGCCCGGCCGCCACUCCGCCCCCCGCGCCGCGCAGAGCCGCAGUGAUAACCCCGCGCGGGCGGCGGAGGCGCUGCGGGCAAGCUCCUGCGCGCCGGCCGGCCGGGUCCUCGGUGCCCACUUGCAGCCGCCUGGCUGGGGGCCAUCCCGCGGCCCUGGGCACCUCGAGCGCCCCUGGAUGGAGCGGCGCAUUCUCCCCGCUGGGACGCAGCGCGGGCGGCGGGCGCGGGGCGCGAGGGGCGGCGGGGCCCUGCGGGUCCCCGGCUGCGCGGCGCUCUGUGUGCUGCUGCUGGCGCAGGUGGCUGUGCAGGCACCUGCGUGCUCCGUGGGACCCGCAGCGGCCUCGCCAGGGAGCCGGAGCGUCUGGCGUCCUCAGGGUUCCGCGGCGCAGCUGGACUGGAUGGAAAAAGGCGAAUAUGACCUGGUGUCUCCCUAUGAGGUUGACCACAAUGGAGACUAUGUGUCCCACGAAAUCACACACCCUCAAAGGAGGAAGAGAGCACUGGCCCAGCUCGGGGUGGAGUCUCUCCACCUUCGGCUGAAGGGCCUCAGGCACGACUUCCACAUGGAGCUGAAAGCUUCCAACAACCUGAUGGCUCCCGGAUUUAUCGUGCAGACACUGGGGAAGGGAGGUACUAAGUCCGUGCACACCUUCCCACCUGAGGAUUUCUGUUUCUAUCAAGGCUCCUUACGAUCCCACAAAAACUCCUCGGUGGCUCUCUCAACAUGCAAAGGUUUGUCUGGCAUGAUAAGAACACAAGAAGCAGAUUACUUCCUAAAGCCGCUUCCUUCACACCUAGCGGGGAGACUGCAGGACCCCACCGGGGCUGGGCCCCCCUCCCACAUCCUGUACAAGAGAUCGGCAGAAGUGCGGGCUCCGGGGGCUCCCCAGGCCGUCAUGACCGAGAGGGAUCGGGAGCUGGGGAGUCCACACCUGCGUGGCGGCUCCAACCUUCGGCACCCACCAAAGCAGCAUUUCUGUGGAAGACGCAAGAAAUACAUGCCCAAGCCUCCCAAGGAGGACCACUUCAUCCUGCCUGACGAGUACACGUCUUGCUUACGGCACAAGCGCUCUCUCCUGAAGUCCCAUAGGAACAAAGAGCUGAACGUGGAGACGUUGGUGGUGGUCGACAGAAAGAUGAUGCAGAACCACGGCCACGAAAAUAUCACCACCUACGUGUUGACCAUACUCAACAUGGUGUCUGCUUUGUUCAAAGACGGAACGAUAGGAGGAAACAUCAACAUUGCAAUCGUAGGUUUGAUCCUUCUAGAGGAAGAACAGCCGGGGCUCGUGAUAAGCCACCAUGCGGACCACACGUUAAGUAGCUUCUGCCAGUGGCAGUCUGGAUUGAUGAGCAAAGACAGCACGCGCCACGACCAUGCCAUCUUGCUGACGGGCCUGGACAUAUGUUCCUGGAAGAAUGAGCCCUGUGACACCUUGGGAUUUGCGCCCAUAAGUGGAAUGUGUAGUAAAUAUCGCAGCUGCACAAUUAAUGAAGAUACGGGUCUUGGACUGGCCUUCACCAUUGCCCAUGAGUCUGGACACAACUUCGGCAUGGUCCAUGAUGGAGAAGGGAACGUGUGCAAAAAGUCUGAGGGCAACAUCAUGUCCCCCACAUUGGCAGGACGCAAUGGGGUCUUCUCCUGGUCACCCUGCAGCCGCCAGUACCUGCACAAAUUUUUAAGCACCGCCCAAGCGCUGUGCCUUGUGGAUCAGCCGAAGCCUGUGAAGGAGUACAAGUACCCUGAGAAGUUGCCGGGAGAGUUAUAUGAUGCCAACACUCAGUGCAAGUGGCAGUUUGGAGAGAAAGCCAAGCUCUGCAUGCUGGAUUUUAAAAAGGAUAUCUGUAAAGCCCUGUGGUGCCACCGGAUUGGAAGGAAAUGUGAGACUAAGUUUAUGCCUGCAGCAGAAGGCACUAUUUGUGGGCAUGACAUGUGGUGCCGUGGAGGACAGUGUGUGAAAUAUGGCGACCAAGGCCCCAAGCCCACCCACGGCCAUUGGUCAGACUGGUCUUCCUGGUCCCCUUGUUCCAGGACCUGCGGAGGAGGGGUGUCUCACAGAGACCGCCUGUGCACAAAUCCCAAACCAUCGCACGGAGGGAAGUUUUGUGAGGGCUCGGCUCGUACGCUGAGGCUCUGCAACCGUCAGCGGUGUCCGCACAAUAGCCUUGACUUCCGCGCACUGCAGUGCGCCGAGUACAACGGCAAACGGUUCCGAGGAUGGCGCUACACGUGGAAGCCAUACACCCAAGUAGAAGAUCAGCACUUAUGCAAACUCUACUGUAUCGCAGAAGGAUUUGAUUUCUUCUUUUCUUUGUCAAAUAAAGUCAAAGAUGGGACUCCAUGCUCGGAGGAUAGCCGUCAUGUUUGUAUAGAUGGGGCAUGUGAGAGAGUCGGAUGUGACCAUGUCCUUGGGUCCAAUGCUGUGGAAGACUCCUGUGGUGUGUGCAGGGGCAAUAACUCAGACUGCACGACGCACAAGGGGCUCUACGCCAAGCACCACGGCGCCAACCAGUAUUAUCAGAUGGUCACCAUUCCCCCUGGAGCCCGGAGUAUUCGCAUCCACGAGAUAAACGUGUCUACCUCCUACAUCUCUGUGCGCAACGCUCUCAAAAAAUACUACCUGAAUGGACACUGGACGGUUGACUGGCCCGGCCGAUACAAGUUUUCAGGCACCACGUUUGACUACAGACGGUCCUCCCACCAGCCGGAGAGCUUAACCUCGUCUGGACCAACCAACGAAACACUGGUUGUGGAGCUUCUGUUUCAGGGAAGGAACCCAGGUGUUGCCUGGGAGUACUCGGUGCCUCGGCUGAGCGGGGAGAAACCUGGCGGCCAACCUCGCUACACGUGGACCAUCGUCCACUCUGAGUGCUCCGUGUCCUGUGGUGGGGGGCAAAUGACCACGAGGGCGGGCUGCUACCGAGACCUGAGGUUUCAAGUCAACACAUCGUUCUGUAAUCCCAGCACCAGACCUGUCACGGGGGUGGUGUCUUGCAAAGUAUCUGCCUGUCCUCCCAGUUGGUCAGUGGGCAACUGGAGCACCUGCAGCCGGACGUGCGGUGGGGGCACUCAGAGCCGGCCCGUCCAGUGCACACGGCGGGCCCACUACGUGUCGGAGCGAGUGGCGGCCAUCCUGUGUCCGCAGCCCAUGCCUUCCAGCCAACAGGCCUGCCACUCUCAGAGCUGCCCACCCGCCUGGAGCACCGGGCCCUGGGCAGAGUGCUCUCGAACCUGCGGGAAGGGGUGGAGGAAGAGAUCUGUGGCCUGUAAGAGCACCAACCCUUCGGCCAGGGCGCAGCUUCUGCCGGACGCCGUCUGCGGCUCGGAGCCCAAGCCCAGGACUCACGAAGUUUGUCUGCUCAAGCGCUGCCUCAAGCACAAGAAGCUGCAGUGGCUUGUGUCUGCCUGGUCCCAGUGCUCUGUUACGUGCGAAAGAGGAACACAGAAGAGAAUUUUAAGGUGUGCUGAAAAGCACGUUUCUGGGAAAUACCGAGAGUUGGCCUCCAAGAAGUGCUUGCACCUGCCGCGGCCUGGUGUGGAGCUGGAACGCGCCUGCGCCCCAUUUCCCUGCCCCAGGCACCCUCUGCACACAGCUGCAGGCCCCCCUCGAGCCAGCUGGUUUACCUCGCCCUGGUCUCAGUGCACGGCCAGCUGUGGGGGCGGCGUGCAGACCAGGGCUGUGCAGUGCCUGGCGGGGGGCCGGCCGGCCUUGGGCUGCUUCGUGCACCAGAAACCCACCGCCUCCCUGGCCUGCAACACCCACUUCUGCCCCAUCGCAGAGAAGAAAGAUGGCGUCUGCAGAGACCACUUCCCCUGGUGCUCUCUGGUGCCCCAGCACGGGAUGUGCAGUCACCAGUUCUAUGGGGAUCGCUGCUGCCAGACGUGCUCCACCUCCAACCUGUGA